GGCCAGAGGAUGCAGGUAAAAAUGUGCUAAAAAUGACUAUGUGCUAAAGUUGACUGUUAGUGAAAGCUCCGUACCUUAUUCUACUUACUACAAAUACUAUGGUAUCAGAGGAAUUGCAAAAAAUUGGAUUAAAUCUUAUCUAAACAGGAGCAUAUAAAAAAAUGAAAUCAAUUCAAUUAACCAAAUUACGACCACUGAUAUUAUCAAAUAUCAGGUGUUAUUCUGCAGUACCCACCGACAAAAAAAACUAUAUACGUGAUGGACCAAGUCUUGGAGAUUUUAUAUCUGAGAGUGUGCAACAAGAAAAUCUUGUCCGAAGUGUGGGAGGAAAACGACUGCGUUUACCUCCUUGGUUAAAAACUGAAAUACCAAUUGGACAAGAUUAUAAAAAGUUAAAAGGUACUUUGAGAUCAUUGAAUUUAGCCACAGUGUGUGAGGAAGCUAAAUGUCCAAAUAUUGGUGAGUGUUGGGGUGGUAAAGAAGGAACAGCUACAGCCACCAUUAUGAUUUUAGGUGACACCUGUACAAGAGGUUGUAGAUUUUGUUCUGUAAAAACUUCACGUAGACCACCACCUCCAGAUCCUAUGGAACCACUCAACACGGCAAAGGCUAUUGCCAGCUGGAAUUUAAAUUAUAUUGUUUUGACGUCAGUAGAUCGUGAUGACAUGGCAGAUGGUGGCGCAGAUCACUUUGCACAAACAGUUGAGGAAAUUAAAAGACUGAACCCUACUUUACUUGUUGAAUGUUUAACUCCAGAUUUUGCAGGAGACAUGGAAUGUGUUUCUCGUGUUGCUAAAUCAGGACUAGAUGUAUACGCACAUAACAUUGAAACUGUAGAAAGUCUACAGUGGUUUGUUAGAGACCCUCGAGCUAAUUAUAAACAAAGUAUGGCUGUGCUAAAAUAUGUGAAAACAAAAUUUCCCACAAUUUUGACGAAAUCAAGUAUUAUGGUUGGAUUUGGUGAAAAACCAGAAGAAGUUGCACAGACUAUGAAGGACUUACGUGAAAUUGAUGUGGAUUGCCUUACAAUCGGUCAAUAUAUGCAGCCCACCAAAAGACAUGCAAAAGUGCAAGAAUAUGUCCACCCCAAGCAAUUUAAAGAAUGGGAGGAGUUGGGGAGAGAGUUGGGUUUUGGUUACACAGCCAGUGGACCAUUGGUUCGUUCGUCUUACAAAGCUGGGGAGUACUUUAUUGAGAACUUGCUCAAAUCAAGAAAAUGACAUGCCAAAAUUACUGAAAAAAGAUUGUAGAAGUUUGAUUUAUUACAAAAAGUUUUUGUGUAAUAAAAGUAUUUUUAAAGUAUGACCUUGUAACAUUGAGAGCUUUACUUAUUUAUGCUGUGUUUUCAGUUGUUAUGCAGAGUAGAUUUGUAUUCUGUCUGGUAAAAAACUUUAUUUUCGAAACAAGGUAACUCUUGUUUCUUUGA